AUGGAUAAAUCCACGUCAAGAAUAAAAUUUAUAGAUUCUAAAUUGCUGGGACGCAAGAGACAGCCAACUGAAACUGUAGUCAACUCUGAAGAAAACAAAGAAGAAGAGCCUGAAAUUUUAAUAAUGAAGGAGAUCGAAACACAAACAACGCUGGAUAGAGAAGAAACUCUAAGUAAAUGUGUCCCUUUGCUCUCGGUAGACAGGCAGCCUGAACUGAAUAGCCAGUUCCACAGAAUGUUUUUGGAUUACCCUUUCCAAAAUUCAAUGCCUCCACAGAUGGCUGCAAUGGACGCUGGACAACCUUGGAUUGCCUACUGGGUAGCCAAUUCGUUGAAAACAAUGGAUCCAGAUUGGAUAUCUGAUGAAUACAAGGAGCGUAUAGCUGAAAAACUUUCUAUUAUAUCGCCUAAAGGCGGGCCUUUUGGCGGUGGCAUGGACCAAUUGCCUCAUAUUGCAGGUACAUAUGCUGCUAUCAAUUCAAUUGUAUUAUGUGAUAAUAUAAAUGAUUGCUGGGAGAAAAUUAACCGUUCAGCUAUUUACGAAUGGUUAUUGUCCUUAAAGACAGAAAACGGCGGCUUCAGAACAUGUGAUCCUGUGGGAGAAGUCGACACAAGAGGUGUGUACUGUGCUCUAAGCAUAGCAUCACUUUUAAAUAUAGUUACAGAUGAAUUGUGUGAGGGAGUUGUUGAUUUCUUGGUUAAUUGCCAAACUUAUGAAGGUGGCUUUGGUGGUUGCCCGUUUGAAGAUGAAGCUCACGGUGGUUACACAUUUUGUGCCGUGGCAAGUUUGAUGAUCUUGAACUCUUUCGACAAGAUUAGUGUUGAAAAACUGAUGGAAUGGUGCAGUGCUCGUCAGUAUAACGAAGAAAAAGGUUUAUCCGGAAGAAGCAACAAGUUAGUGGAUGGUUGCUAUAGUUUUUGGGUCGGCGCUACAGCAGCAAUGAUCGAGGCAAGUGGCUAUCAGAAUCCAAUAAACAAAGAGGCGCUUCGAGAGUAUAUCCUAUGUUGCUGUCAAACUGAUGAAUUUCCUGGCCUACGUGAUAAACCAGGCAAACGUGCUGAUUUCUAUCAUACAAAUUACGUUCUAUUAGGGUUGGCCAUAUCCGAAUCUGAAUUUCAAUACAGAGAUAAUAAUAAACACAGUGCCUCUAGUAUAUUAUCAAAACCAAUCAGGCUCAGAGACAAUUCAUCUAAUUUGAUCGAAAUAAGCCCCAUCUAUGGAUUACCAGCCAAAGACGUUGAAAAAUUCACAUCUUUCUUUCUAGAAAAGACAAUUUGA